CUGAAACAGACAGAGACGGAGGGAAACGGGACAGUCGUUUGACGUCUACGAGAACCUUUAAUUAUCCUCAAAGGGACUAAAGGAAGAACCCUGACUCUGACCUUCGACCCCGUGGACGUGGACGGUUUUCUGAUCCAAACCUGGACCUGAACCUCCUCAGAUCCAGUCUAUGGUCCGGUCUCUCAGGGUCCAGAUCCUCAGAUCCAGAUCCGUGAUCGGAGAUUGAAACUUUGCAGCUUCAGGAUCAUCUGCGUCACAUUUGACAACAGUUUCCGCAAAGCGGAGACGCCAAGGAACCUGUCAAUCAGCAGGAGGACGUCGCCCCGGCAACUGUCAGCUGUCAGACUGUCAUUCAUUCUGUGAAGAUGACAUUUGCCAUGCUUCGCACGGCGCCCCCCGCGGGCCGCUUCCUGUACGGUGACAUCGCCCUCCUUUCCGAAGACGACGAUGAGAACGGCAGCGAAGGGUCAGGUUCCGACGAGAGGAACCCCAACUCCUCCAACUUCCGGCUGUCAUCAUCCUCGCCAUCUGCCUUCCACAUCAAGGUGAACAGGAAGAGGAAGCUGUGCGGGGGCGGAGUCGGCCGACUGGGCCCCCCAGUGUCACCUCCCACAAUGCCCACAGAGGUUCGCCAGAGAACCGCCGCCAAUGCCAGGGAGAGGGACCGCACCAACUCAGUCAACACGGCGUUCACAGCACUGCGCACGCUGAUCCCCACGGAACCUGCAGACAGGAAACUGUCGAAAAUUGAGACUCUACGUUUGGCAAGCAGCUACAUCAGUCACCUGGGAAACGUGUUGCUCCUGGGGGAGGGUCUCCAUGAUGGACAGCCCUGCCAUGCCCCCUCACCGCCGUUCUUCCAUGUGAACUCCUCCCCCACCCGAGGAUCCGACCAGUCGACUCAGCCCAAACACAUCUGUACCUUCUGCCUCAGCAACCAAAGGAAAAUGAAUAAAGACAGAGACAGGAAGUCUGCAAUCCGGAGCUAACAGGAGGACCCUGGAUCUGUCCGACCUCCAAGGAUGUCCUGUGGACCCCCGGUGCACCCCCGGUGGACCCCCGUCCUCCUCAGACUUCAGCAGCACUUCAGGACUUUAAUGAGCACGACACAGCAGUUCCAUUUGUCCACUUUUACCGGAGCAUUUACGGUACUGGGACCCGUUUACAGUCCUGGGACCCGUUUACAGUUCUUGGACCCGUUUGCGGUACUUGGACCCAUUUACGGUACUUGGACCAGUUCGCGGUAUUUGGACCCGUUUACGGUACUUGGACCAGUUCGCGGUAUUUGGACCCAUUUGCGGUACUUGGACCCAUUUACAGUAUUUGGACCCGUUUAUGGUACUUGGACCUGUUUGCGGCAUUGUGAUAAGCCAUCGACUCGUCUAUUGUUCAGACUUUUCUUGUGGCACAUUUUUGGACGACAGACGUUGGACGGACAAAUGAGUCUUCAUCAAACGCUGUGUUUUAUUAUGAAACUAAACUGAAAUAUAAAUGUAUAUUUAUGUGACAUAAUAUUAUACAAUGAAACAUGUUAUUUAACGUUUAUGCCAGCUUCAGUACAAACAUGGAGGGCCUGUGGAUGGGAGGCGUGGGCGUGUGCUUUGGGACUGUGCUGGUAUUUGUAAUAAUCUUUUGUGAAAGCUGGAAAAUAACUCAACAUGACCAAUAAAGUGUUUGUAU